CGAAAGUUUCAUAAGUGAUAUCGAGGAAAAUGAAAAUAAGCUCAAUAUAACACCCGUUUGUGCCAAUAGUUUAAUCCAAAUGUUUGACUCAAUGAUUACUGAAGAAUGGGCCGCAAAAAUGAUUGACGCAAACGGACGCCUGCCGUCGGGUGUGUUGAAGGGAACGCUCACUAGUUUUGGUGACUUUGAUGAGUGCAUUCAUAUUCAUGUAAUCAGUAAUGAAAACAAUACAAGAAUUAGAGGAAAACCUUUGAGAAAACAAAAGUUUGAGUCAAUACAACUCAAUAAAACACAAAUUACCAGUAAAUGGUUUGAGGAUGAAGUGAAUCAAUGGCUAGAAGUGGACAAUUAUUUGCCAUUUGCUAACGGAAUAUGCUUUCCAUCCGUUUGUCAUCGAAAUGAAAUCAAACUUCUUUUAGGCGAAAGUUUUAAAACAAGUAACGAUCCACCGGUUCGGCGAACGGAGAUCUCAGUGGCAUUAAUUAUGAUUGAAUUGAGUGUAUUAUUAGUGAUUACGGGAACAAUAAUCGAUAUUGAUUACGGGAACAAUAAUCGAUAUAAUAAUAAGAGUGAAUAUCGUUUGCAAUUCAUUCACGGCAUACGAGUGUUGGGCACUCUAUGGGUUAUAUUAGCGCAUUCCAGUGGUUAUGUUCUCAUCACUGUUUUGACACAAAUCUCGCCGUUUGCCAGAUAUCCGGAGGACGCCAUCGACAGCAGCAAAUCACUGGUCUCUCAAUAUAUACUUAACGCUUCACUUUCUGUCCAAAUAUUUUUCAUAAUGAGUGGUUGUUUAACUGUCUAUUCGACCCUGUCCAAUAAGAAAAUGAAUAUUAAUUUUACCCAGUUCAUUUUGCUUCGAUGGCUUAGAAAUAAAUUUACUCCACCUCUGGUCGGAAUGAUGUGCUAUACCAUAGCGUUACAAAAGUUUGGUUCGGGACCACUGUUUCAAACAGAUCUAUUAAAGCCAUACUUAGAUCCCUGUUAUGACAACUGGUGGGCACACGUACUCUAUUUCAGCAAUUGGUAUGAUUUCAGACAAAUGUGUGGAAUCCAGACGUGGUAUCUGAGCGCUGAUUUUCAACUUCCGGUUCUGGAAACCACUCUAUUCUUCUUUGGCACUCAUAUGCAUCUGAUUUCAUACUUCUCUGGAACUUGGAAUAACGUAGUUUGGCUGAUAGUUAUACUGUUGACAAUAGCCAUACCCGGCAUCUCAUACCCUAUACUACAGGAAGACAUACAUCCAGUCAAUAAUACUGUUAGUAACGCUAUUAUGGUCGUGAUUAUGUUGAUAACGUGGUCACUCUGUAUGUCAUGGAUUAUAUACAACUGUGCGCUGAGUAGAGCCGGUGUUUUGCCAAAACUACUUUCGGCCAACUUUUUGCAGCCAUUAAGCCGUUUGUCGUUUUGCGCAUAUUUAGCGCAUUUAAUGUUAAUCUGGUUUAACGUAACACAGAUUCGUAAUCCCAUUACAACUAAUCCUAUAACAAUUGGUCAAUAUUAUUGCGCUAUAAUUGUGGAGACAUUUAUGUUAGCGCUGGUACUCUAUCUGACAUUUGAAGCCCCAGGGACAGUAGACGUGUGGCCGCCGAUGAAGACAUCGAUCACUCCG